GGCGCACUACACCUCCUGCCUCCGCCGCGAAGGUGGCUUCCACCGGGGAAGACGGGACCGGGCCUCUGGCACAAAGAUCGCGAGAUUUGAGCGCGUCACCGCGACUCCUUCCGGUCAGAGACCGGAAGCGCAGGGAGCGGGGCGUCUCUGGCGCUUGCUUUGGUGUGCUGCCGCGCCAGUGGGCCCGGUUUCUGUCGCGGCUCCUCGGAUCCCGUUCCGCCUCGCCUACCCUGGGCGGAGGUGAUGGGGGACUCCAAGGAGGCUGGAGCGGAGUCUCCGCCGGCCGGGGCCGCUGCGCGAGGAGGGCUUAGCCUCCUGUCCCAGGGAGAAUCCGAGGAAUCUUCUGCACAGGGAUCAGCUUUAUUUCUUGGAGGCAAUGAAGUGAAGAGCCGAGCUGUGGUGAAAUACUCUUCUGCCCCUCCUAGAACAGCAUUUGCACGCCUUGAAGAGAAAACAGACUUGAAACUCCCACCUGCCAACUGGUUACGAGAGAGUGCCAAACUAGGGCCAGCAGGAACUACCAUUCUUGGCAACAGUAAGAAAAGCAAGCCAUUUUCAAGCUUUGGUAUGGCGUACGACUUUAUUGAUUCUGUGGGAAAUGAUGUAGACGUUGUCUCUGACUCUGAAAACAUAAAAAAGCUCCUGAAGAUUCCCUACAGCAAGUCCCAUGUAAGCAUGGCUGUACACCGCAUAGGAAGGACUCUCUUACUCGAUGAGUUAGAUAUUCAGGAACUCUUCAUGAGAUCAUCUCAGACUGGUGAUUGGACAUGGCUGAAAGAAUUUUAUCAAAGACUCAUUGAUCAGAAGUGGCAGAGGAAGAAAAAGAGCAAAGAGCACUGGUAUCAGAAGGCCAUUCUUUCCAAGUUUUUAUAUUACAGUAUCAAUGGCGAUGGAGCCGCUCAGCCCGUCCCAUCUGCUGCAGAACAGCAGGAAUCAUCCAGUUCAGAUCAGACAAAUGAUUCAGACGGGGCUUCGUGGCCCGCCCCCUUUGAAAUGCCUUCUUCAGUUUCUGAAGAUCCCAGUGCUUCCAGUCAGGGAAGUGAGCCUCUUGAACCCUCAUACAUAGUGGGGCAUGUGGCCUCAGCACCCAAAGAACAAAACCUGACUACUUUAUUCAAUGACGGGGAGAACAGUCAGGGUCUUAAAAAUGAUUUUGUUCGGAAUAUCUUAUGGACGUUUGAAGAUAUACAUAUGUUAGUUGGCUCCAACAUGCCUAUAUUUGGAGGAGGCAGAUAUCCAGCAGUCAGCCUACGUCUCAGGGACAACAACAAACCAAUUAAUGUGCUAACUGGAAUUGACUAUUGGUUGGACAACUUGAUAUGCAACGUACCGGAACUUGUGAUGUGUUUUCACGUAAAUGGAAUUGUGCAGAAGUAUGAAAUGAUAAAAACCGAAGAGAUUCCCAAUUUGGAAAACUCGAACUUCUCUACGAAAGUCAUAAAAGACAUUGCACAGAAUAUUUUAUCGUUUCUAAAAUCUAACUGUACGAAAGAAGGACAUACCUAUUGGCUGUUUAAAGCAAGUGGCAGUGAUAUAGUGAAGCUUUAUGAUCUCACUACUCUUUGUGAAGAAACUGAAGACAAGUACCAAAAUCCAUUCACAAUGCCGGUGGCUAUUCUCUUAUAUAAGGUUGCUUGCAACAUGAUGAUGAAGAAGAAUCAAAAUAAGAAACACUACGGGACUAUUAGAACAUUGCUUCUUAAUUGUGUUAAAUUGUUGGACAAAAGCAGACAUCCUCAAAUUAUUGCUUCAGCCAAUUACAUGCUUUCAGAACUUUUUCAAUUAGAUGAACCUAAAAAAGAAGAAAGUUCAGAAUCUCCUUUAAAUGAGAAUUCUGAUGAAAGUUACAGUGAAGAGGAGGAAGAGAUGCCGGACAGUGAUGAAAAUGGAUCCUAUAGCACCAGUUCUGAUCCCUCAGAUGAUAACAAAGCAGUAGCUAUUAUUAAGUCUGUUGGAGAAUUGUCAGUUCCAGAAAAAUACAAAUCCAUUCAUCAAAUCCGACCCAGUUGCACGUUUCCAGUUUGCCAUGACACAGAGGAGCGCUGUAGACUUGUGCUUAGCUAUGUUCUGGAGGGGUUAAAAUCUGUGGAUAGCAGCAUUAAAAAAGAAAGCGACCUUCCUGCAGCUGACCCCAACACCCCAAUCCCAUUAAAAUAUGAAGAUGACUCCACAAGGGGGGGUCCUGAGGGUCUGGAGAAGCAGAUGGCCUUGUUUUUGGACAAAAUGGGCUCCCUUCAGAAGGGUAAUUAUUCCAGUCAAUCUGGAAUGAUCCCUGGUUCUUGGCAACAUAAAAUGAAACUCCAGCUGAUUCUCAAGUCAUCAAAGGCCUAUUAUGUUUUGUCUGAUGCUGCCAUGAGUCUUCAGAAAUAUGGAAGAGCGUUACGAUACAUUAAAUUAGCUUUGCAGAGCCAUGAUACUUACUGCUGCCUCUGCACCAACAUGCUUUCGGAAGUGCUGCUAUUUCUGUCUCAGUACUUGACGCUCUGUGGCGACAUCCAACUGAUGCUGGCCCAGAAUGCGAACAACAGAGCAGCGCAUCUUGAGGAGUUUAAUUAUCAAACAAAAGAAGAUCAGGAGAUACUACACAGCCUCCACAGGGAGUCCAGUUGUCAAGGAUUUGCAUGGGCAACCGAUUUGUCUACAGACUUAGAGAGUCAGCUUUCAGUCAGUUGUAAAUGUUACGAAGCUGCUAAUGAAAUCUUGCAAUUUAGUGACUUAAAAAGCCAGAACCCAGAACACUACGUACAAGUAUUGAAGAGAAUGGGUAACAUUAGAAAUGAAAUCGGUGUGUUUUACAUGAAUCAGGCUGCUGCACUGCAGAGUGAGCGAGCAGUGAGCAAAAGUGUGUCUACCGCGGAGCAGCAGUUGUGGAAAAAAAGCUUUUCUUGUUUUGAAAAAGGAAUUCACAACUUUGAGUCGAUUGAUGAUGCCACGAAUGCUGCCCUUCUGUUGUGUAACACGGGGAGACUCAUGCGGAUCUGUGCGCAGGCGCACUGUGGUGCCGGCGAUGAGUUUAAGCGGGAGUUCUCACCAGAAGAAGGCUUGUAUUACAAUAAGGCUGUCGAUUACUAUUUGAAAGCUCUGAGGUCACUGGGGACACGAGACAUACACCCGGCUGUUUGGGAUUCAGUGAACUGGGAAUUGUCCACUACUUAUUUCACGAUGGCAACUCUACAGCAAGAUUAUGCUCCAUUAUCUAGGAAAGCUCAGGAGCAGAUUGAAAAAGAAGUCAGUGAGGCUAUGAUGAAGUCCCUGAAAUACUGUGAUGUGGACUCAGUCUCUGCUCGACAGCCUCUUUGUCAGUAUCGAGCCGCGACCAUCCAUCACAGGCUGGCAUCCAUGUACCACAGUUGUCUGAGAAAUCAGGUUGGUGAUGAACAUCUUAGGAAGCAGCACCGGGUACUGGCAGAUCUUCAUUACAGCAAAGCUGUUAAGCUUUUUCAGCUUCUCAAAGAUGCUCCCUGUGAACUACUUAGAGUACAGUUAGAAAGAGUGGCAUUUGCAGAAUUCCAAAUGACCAGUCAGAAUAGCAAUGUUGGAAAAUUAAAAACACUAUCUGGGGCUCUUGAUAUAAUGGUGAGAACUAAGCAUGCAUUCCAGCUCAUCAGGAAAGAGCUUGUAGAGGAAUUUGACCAGCCUAAGAGUGAUGAGUCCACUCCAGCUGCAGAUUCCUCUCCUAGUCUUAAUCGAGAAGAAGUGAUCAAGCUCCUCAGUAUAUUUGAAUCUCGGUUGUCAUUCCUUCUCCUUCAGUCCAUCAAGCUGCUGUCUUCAACUAAGAAGAAAACAAGCAGUAAUACUGAGGAAGAUGUCCUCAAAACCAACAAGCAGAUUUACUCCCAGCUUUUGAGAGCUAUUGCCAACAAAAAUGCAACUCUUCUGGAAAGAAUCGACAUUCUCAUCCAUUUGCUGGAUCAGCUUGCUCGCGGCGGCGGCAGCGGCAUGCAGUGACUCGCGCCCGAGGCUCCGGCUGAGGAGAUCCUGUCAGUGCCUUCUGCUCCCGGGGUCUCGUUUGUCCAUUCGGUGCUUUGUUUCAUUAAAUAUGAGGGAAAUUUCCACCUA